UCAUCAGACCUGGCAACCCCGAAGAAUAUCGGAAAUGAGUGAAAUAUUAGGAAAGGCUAUGAAACCGUGAGUAACGGGACGCAGUGGUCAGCUUUGGAUGAAAAGGAGGUGUUACGCGCGUCGUAAACACGCACCUGACACGUCUUUUAAUGUUGUAUUAGUGUUCCUUUGUUUCACUUACAGUCACAAUUUAAACAUCAAAGGACUUCCGGUUCCCCGGUAGUUUGUAAAGCCAUGGAUGGACCGGGGCACGUUUUCUCUUACACUAACAAGGACUUUGUGUACAACGUGUGCCGGAUUAAUGGAAGGACCGAUGUCAGGUCCAGGUUUGAUGUAGCCCUGAAAUGCGGCUGGGCAGAAAAGAUGAAACUCGGGCUCUUCAGAUAUCAUUUAGGGGAUUUGGAGACGCGUGUGUUACCCGGCGAAUGUGGAUAUAUCUCUCAGCUCAACAUUCAGAGAGGCAUCGAAAGGAGGAAACCUCAAGAAAUCCUGAGUAUCCAGCAGCAGUUUGACCACAAACUCUUUAACUUCAAUAAGAUCAAUUCAGCAGAAAUCUUGUUUGAGAUGCACAAAGCGGAGCAGAUUUAUACACAUGCUGGGCAGGGAACCUGUGCCACGUGUGUUGUGAUCAUAAACGUGAGUCCGUUAGAGUUCGGACACUGUUUGCUGGUUCCUGAGCCUUCCCGGUGUCAUCCUCAGAUCUUAACGCCUCUAGCUCUCCAAAUCGGGGUUGAGUCCUUGUUCCUUAGCGCAGAUCCCGGAUUCCGAGUCGGGUUUAACAGUCUGGGUGCGUUUGCUUCUGUUAAUCACCUACACCUUCAUGCGUAUUACUUAAACCACCCUUUAAGAAUCGAGUCUGCACGCACAGAGGUUAUCUUUCCCAAAAAGAGAUUGUACCGGCUUGUGGAUUUUCCAAAAGCCUUCAUGUUUUAUACGGACGGCCAAGAUGAAGCGCAAGCGGUCGCCGUCACCGUCUGCAGGCUCACAGACUUUCUCGUAGAGAGAAAUAUCGCCCAUAAUGUCUUCAUGACUCGAGCCUGCGAUCCAGACAGUGAAACCCAGUCGUCACUUCGCCACGGAGUGCGCAUCUUCAUCUGGCCCCGAGUGACGUGUUUUGGAGCCAAAGAAGAAUCCGCAUUUAACGUGGCUCUGUGUGAACUGGCCGGUCAUCUUCCGUUUAAAAACAGAGAGGACUAUGAGCGCCUGGAUGAGGAUGGGGUCAAAGCAAUUGUUCAGAGGUACCUCCUCAGUGACGAAGAGUUUGCUGACUUAGAAAAAGAAAUUGUUGCAAAUUUAUAAACAGAAUUUGCUCUACUACUGAAUGUCUUAAACAGAUGGAAUCAGGUAUUUCUCUUGCUUGACUGGUAUCAACACCUACACUGGCGCUUUGCAGAUAAAAUCUGACACUAAUGAUCUAGGUUAUUAGUUAUAUUCAACACAAAAACUGGCACAACACAGUGCUCUCCCCCUGGGCCAGCUUGGUGGCUCUGGGAUUUGAACUCAUGACCUUCAAAUCAGUAGUCCAACAUCUUAACCACUGAGCUAUCACUGCCCAUGUCUGGAUUUGUUCUGUUAUAUCAGAAUCAGAAUCAGGUUUAUUGGCCAAAUGUGUUGAAACACACAAGGAAUUUGGUUCCAGGUCUUUGUGACUCUGAAAGGUACAGACAUGUAAGUGAUUUGACGAUGUACACGUCUAGUAGUGAUUUAUUACAAAACAAUACCACAUUUUGCUAAUUCCCACUCACUAGCUACCUCUAUCAACUUCUGAUACAUUUUAAAGAUACAAUGCUCAUAUAGGACACAGGGGAGCUUAGAUGGAAUUGUUUACUGACACCCUUGACUAUAUAGUGCCGUUGCAAUUGAGUGCAGAGAGAAUUGUGCUCUCCUUCUCACUCAGAGAGCACUGUGUUGUGGCAGUUUUUGUGUUGAAUAUAACUAAUAACCUAGAUCAUCAGUGUCAGAUUUUAUCUGCAAAGCACCAGUGUAGGUGUUGAUUCCAGUCAAGCAAGAGAAAUACCUGAUUCUAUCUGUUUAAUAUGAUAAUAAUAGCUUUUAGUUGCCAGAUACUGUAUAGUUUCUGCUUGGCCGGAAAUAAUGCAUACACACCAAGCCAUUACCAGAUUUCCAGGAAUGAAUGCCAGGCCUAGAGAAAUUAACUGUAUACUGACAACAGCUAAUAAUUGUUAAUCUCAUUACCGCUUGUCCAAACAUUUACAAUAGAGAAGCAAAGAGUAGGAGUGGAUCAGAUUUUUAAAAGAAAUCUCAAAUCCAUUCUGACACCAGUCCAGCAUUUCAAACUAUUAACGAUACCCAGUAUUAGAUUGCAACAUUUCACAUGAAAGCUAACGAGCAAAAUGUCUUACCACAACACUUAAAUCACAUAAAGUGGCCUCAUGAUACAAUGUCUAUGAUAACACUAUCCAUCUCUCCAACAUCUACUCAAAAUAGAAUGAAUGUAACUGUUUUUUUGCCUCUAAGGAUAUGCUAAAUGCCUUUCUGUUUGUCAUGAGAAAAAAACCUACUGCAUGACAUUGCACUAUAUUUAUGAUAAAUAUUGUACCAUUGUUUUUGUUCUGUUCUUCAUUUUUUGUCUGUCCUCAUACUAUGAGUAAUUAUAGGAUAAUAUUUAUUGAUUAACUGGUUAAAUAAAUGACCAAUAGUACUGUUGCAUUUUCUCUUCUGUUUAUAUAACUUUGUAAUACUUGUGGUAUGGAGGGUUAUGUUUAAUUCAUUUGUGUGCUUCUGCCAGUCAGUUGGGGGUAAACUUAAUGUACUGAAUGCACAACAUUAUUUGAGAUAAGUACAAGUAAACAAAAUGUUUUACAGUCAAAA